GUGUUUUUAGCUGUGCCGUUUUGACGCUGCUGUCUCUCGCCGCUCCUCCUGGGUCUGUUUACAGAUGCAACUCUUCAGAGAAAUGUGAUAAAACGAGCUGGAUUUAAUCACUUUAAUCCCUCAUUUACAGUGACAGAGUCUGGAUUCUUUGUCUGAUGCUCUUGUUGAGAGGUGAAUCUGUUGAUGUUUGGCGUGCAGCAUGAAGCUGCGAGUUCGGAUCCGGCGGCAGACGACCAGGCUGGAGUUACCGGGAGAAGAAGCCAGUCUGAGCGAGCUCACAGACCUCAUCAGGGAGACGCUUCUGUCUUCUCACGGACUCAGUGCAGACACACAGUUCAGCUUGUCGCUCAACGGCUCGGAGGUCCUGUCCGACUCCGGCGAGACGCUGUCGUCCUGCGGCAUCGUGUCCGGGGAUCUGAUCUGCGUCGUCCUGCCUGAGUCGGCAGCCGAUGGCGCCUCCACCGGCGCCGCCAACGGGACGACCGGCAGCGGCGCGGAGGCCCAGAGGCGACAGCAGCAGCAUAACCAACAGAACCAGCAGAACCAACAGAACCAACAGAACCAACAGACUGCUGCCAUCACAUCCAACCAGCCGACAGGCAGCAGCAGGAGGCCUGCAGGCGCUCGUACGCAGACUCAGGACUCCCCCGAGGUCUUGGACUCUGGACCCUCUGGACCCUCUGGACCCUGUGGACCCUCUGGACCCUGUGGACCCUCUGGACCCUCUGGAUCGUCGGAGCCCCGCUGGGAGCCGAUGCUGUGCAGCGAGGCGGAGGACGGCCAGGCGCCUCUCUCUCUGGAGCUCCUCCACCACUCGGCACAGACCAGCAGUCCCAGCGACGCCGUCAUGGUGGCCGGGCACCUGCUGAUGCUCGAGACCGGCUUCACUCCGCAGGGCUGUGAGCUGAGGCCCGGGGAGAUGCCUCCAGGCUGGACCUCAGCAGCAGGAGUCUACCGGCUGCUGUACUCUCACCCUCUGUGUGACAACAGCGUUGCCAUGGUGGUGGCCGUGUGCAUGGGCCCCGUGCUCGUCAUCAACGCGACCCUGAAGGUGAACGAAACCGUCGACACGGUCCGGAAGCUGUGUCUGAAUCCGUCCAGCUUCGUGACCCACGAGUGGCCAGGGGAAAGUGCAGCUGCAGCUUACAGAGAUCUGAAGAAACUGUCCCGAAUCUUCAAAGACCAGCUGGCGUACCCGCUGAUCGCCGCCGCCAGAGAAGCGAUGGCUCUGCCGGUGGCGUUCGGUCUGGCUGCUCUUCCUCCCGAGCUGCUGCUGCGAGUGCUGCGGCUGCUGGACGUUCGCUCCGUGGUCAGGCUGUCGUCGUCAUGCCGACACCUGAGCGUCUGCUCGGCCGACUCGUCGCUGUGGAGACACCUGUACCAGCGCGACUCCAAAGAUCGAGCUCUCAGCCGGUCCAGAGACACAGACUGGAGAGAGCUGUACAAAAGUUUCUAUAAGCUUCGCCACAUGACGCGCCACCGCUCGCUGCCCGUGCCCGUCCCGUACCCCCCGCUGCACCCCCCGCUGCACCCCCCGCUGCACCCCCCGCUGCACCCCCUGCUGCCCGGCAUCAUCGGGGGGGAGUACGACCAGUGGCCGGGCUUCCCCCGCGCCCUGCUGCCCCGCCCCCGCUACGAUCCCAUUGGCCCGCCGCGAGAUCCCGAUGGACGGCUUCCCAGAGUGCGGCCGAUGGCGGGACGUCCCGCGGACAUCCGGCGAGGAUUCAUCUGAGUCGUGUUUGUUUGUUUCUCUUCUUUUCUUUUCCUUUUUUUCUUCUGCAAUAAAAACAACACAGAUCCCAACAACAACAACAACAACCAGUGUUUGUUUAUUUAAAAACAGAGCAGAAACAGGAAGUAGCAGUUAGAAGAAAUAGCUUUUAUAGAAGGUCAACGGCUACGCCGACGACAGUCACGUUUACGCACCAAAAGGACUCGUUAAGUUUAGGAAAUAGAUUCAAACAGUCCCUGGGUGAAAGUGUUAUAAUUAUAUUCUUAUAUUAGACGAGAAUCUUGAAUUAAUUGGGGUUUAAUAAUACAACUUCACACUGUAAAGCAAACGUUUUUCAAAAUAAAAGUACUCUGGUAAAGUCAAGUUUUUAUGAAAUUCUUUUUGACUCAGUUUUGGCUACAGCUGCGUCGACGACAGCUAAGUUUAGGCACCAAAAGGACUUUUAGGCAAAAGAUAAGAUAAACUUUUAUUGUCCAGAAGGAAAUUUGUCUCGUACACACAAACCCAAUCAUAACUUAUGAAAUAAUUCAGAAUUUAACCGACAACGAUGUACUUUAGGACCGAAAAAUACAAGAAUUUUAGGACAAAGAUCCAAAGGAACGAACACGUGUUUUCUGGGUGAAAGUAUUAAAAAUAUGAUUAUAUUAGGCCAGAUUUAGCCUAAUAUGAUUAUAUUAGCCCAGAUUUAGCCUAAUAUAUGAUUAUAUUAGCCCAGAUUUAGCAUAAUAUGAUUAUAUUAGCCCAGAUUUAGCCUAAUAUAUAAUUAGCCCAGAUUUAGCAUAUUAUUAUAUUAGCCCAGAUUUAGCCUAAUAUAUAUAAUUAGCCCAGAUUUAGCAUAAUAUAUUAUUAUAUUAGCCCAGAUUUAGCCUAAUAUCUGAUUAUAUUAGCCCAGAUUUAGCCUAAUAUAUAUAAUUAGCCCAGAUUUAGCGUAAUAUAUUAUUAUAUUUGCCCAGCUUUAGUGUAGUACUACGUAACUUGUAGCCACAGCCCUUUCAUAGAUUAUUUACUGUAUUCUGCUCACGUUCUUGAAUUAAUUUGUGUUUAAUAAUACAACUUCACACUGUAAAGCAAACGUUUUUCAAAAUAAAAGUACUCUGGUAAAGUCUAAACUUUGACAUAGUAAUUCAUAAUUUUAGCUUUUUAUGAAAUUCUGUAACUUAUAAAGUUAAAGUUUUGACUCAGUUUUUCAUAAUUCUGACUAACAAAAAAAGAGUCUUUUCUUUGCCUCAGUGUGUUAAAACGAUGACUCUUAUUUUGAUUUAUAUUGAUUUAAUGACGAUGUUUUUCUGCUUUUGAACGCUGGAAUAAUCUGCAAAUGGAAUUAAAACCAAUAAAUCUGACUUUAAGAUGUUUGUAA